UCUCUCUAUCUCCCCCCAACACUUCUCGAUUAAGCUAUAGAUAGAUACCAACUCUCUCUCUCUCUCUCUCUCUCUCUCUCUCUCUCUCUCUCUCUCUCUCCAACUGAUUCAUUAGCAGUCAACAACGAGCAUGGCCGAACCCCAGAGGAGCAGGAGCAGGAGCAGGGCGUGCUCCCCGGGGGCUCUUGCUGAGCUCGACGACGACCACGGGCAGCCCGGAGGGGCGGCGCAGGAUCAGGAGGAGCAGCUGGAGCUCCGGCGCGGCCCGUGGACCGUCGACGAGGACCUCACCCUCGUCAACUACAUCGCCGACCACGGCGACGGCCGCUGGAACUCCCUCGCCCGCGCCGCCGGGCUGAAGCGGACGGGCAAGAGCUGCCGGCUGCGGUGGCUCAACUACCUCCGGCCCGACGUGAAGCGCGGCAACUUCACCGCCGACGAGCAGCUCCUCAUCCUCGACCUCCACACCCGCUGGGGCAACCGGUGGUCGAAGAUCGCGCAGCACCUGCCGGGGAGGACGGACAACGAGAUCAAGAACUACUGGAGGACCCGGGUGCAGAAGCACGCCAAGCAGCUCAACUGCGACGCCAACAGCAAGCGCUUCAAGGACGCCAUGCGCUACCUCUGGACGCCGCACCUCGCCGCCGACGCCGCCGACGACCACCACCGCCGCAGCCUCCUCCUCCUCCACCAGGCGCAGCACCACCAGCAGCACGCCGCCGACGUCGGCCUGUCCGCCGCCGGGACGAUGGGCACCUCGUCCUCGGAGUCCUUCGCGACCACGGCCGAGUCGUACGACGACGUGGCGGGGCUCGGCGGCGGCUACGCGAUCAACCUGCACGCCGCCGGGGAGAUGGCGGCGGUCGUGGGCGGCGGCGGGGGGUGCUGGGCGCACGAGGCGAACCACCAAGGGCUGUGGCCGGCCGCGGCGGCGGCGGUCGAUCAGUCGGCGGCGGGGCAAACUGCCGGCGGCGGCGGCGGCGGACAGUUUCAGGACCCGGAGCUCAGUGGGUGGGUGCAAGGCUUCUCCGAGGGCAUGAUUACCGAGAAUAAUUUUUGGGCCUUGGAGGACAUCUGGAAGAUCCAAUGAGCGAUUUAAUUUUAUGUUUUUCAAAGGGUUGAAAUUAAAAACGAAUAUAGUACGAUUAGUGACUAUAGUGGGUGAUGAUAGCUAGCUUGAAAACUUAAGAAAAAGGGAAUCAUAUAUAGUUAGUAUAUAUUCUAACUCCAAAAGAUACUGUAAGAGAGUUUGUAUAUAACCCCCCCCCCUUAAUUCCUUAUAUAUCCUUUUGGGUUGUUUCUUUGUUUUUUUGCCUCUUAAGAUUCAUAUUAUUCUUAUAGAGGUUGAAAGGAGGGUAUGAUUAUAUUUAUGACUUUUGUGUUCAACAUUGUGCAAUGUACAAGUAUACGGAUUAUUGCCUUAUUGGUAAUGAAAGUUUGAUUUUGGGCAGUUA